AUGAAACUGUCGAUUUCAAUUGUCUAUUUUGUACUAAUAUCUCCGUAUUUACUACUGAUGGACUCUAAACACGAUGUUUAUAUUUAUUCAGCUCGUGACAAGAAGUGUGAUGUAUUAUUUCACCAUGUAUUUAUAAAUCCUGUUAGAGUUUAUUCAAUUCAAAACUCAUUCUAUAUUCUUCAAAGUAAUUCAAAAGUAUCAAAACUUGAUGCUGAACUUUGUUUAACUGACCUCUUUCAACUUAAAUUCAAAUGUCAACAAUUGCUAAGUGCUGUUCAAGGUGAAUUGUUUACUAUUUUAUCGGAUGAUUACUCUACAAUUGCUGUAUGGCAUACGAAAUUGGCUAAACUAAGCUACAUUUCAAUUGCACAAAAUCAUAUAAUGGAAAAUAACGGACAAAUUAAAGAAAUUCGAUGUUUACAAAAUUUUCUUUUAGUGUAUUAUCAAAAUAAAUAUCUGCGACUAUGGAAUUUGGAUAAUAAAAGUGAACUAUUGCAAUUAGGUAAUGCUAGUAUGUAUUCUGUUUGUCAGAAUCGAAUCGGUAAAUAUUACAAUAAUUCGUUAAUGUUAUUCGAUAUGACACACAGAUUAAGAGGUGAGAUUAAACUAGAAUGUAAAUGCGAUCAUUUAUGUUUGAAUGAAGAUGGUCGUUAUAUUCUUGUUACAAAUGUUGAACAUUGUCUCCUAUUUAUGUAUCGUGUUGAUGAUGGAAAACAAAUUGCAAAAUUAUUUGUACAAAAUAUGACUGGGACUAUAAAAGCGAGCAAGGAUUAUGUAGUAUUAACGUUGACUAAUCAUACACUAUACGUGCUAAUGAUUGCUGAUCCGAAAAUUAACGGUGUCCGAGAGAAAAUAAAUACACUGCCAAGCAGGUAA